AUGUCCAUCUGCAAUAUAACAGUCUUCAUGCCUUCUCUGUUGACACUAAUAGGGAUCCCAGGCCUAGAGUCUGUGCAGUGCUGGAUCGGGAUUCCAUUCUGUGCCAUAUAUUUCAUUGCUAUGAUUGGAAAUUCCGUGCUUCUGAUCAUCAUCAAGUCAGCGCGCAGCCUCCAUGAGCCCAUGUACAUUUUUGUAGGCAUGCUAGGAGUCACAGAUAUUGCACUUGCAACCACCAUUAUGCCCAAGAUGCUUGGCAUAUUCUGGUUUCAUGUGCCAGAGGUUUAUUUUGAUUCUUGCUUGCUUCAAAUGUGGCUCAUCCACUCAUUUCAGUGCAUAGAGUCAGGCAUCCUCCUGGCCAUGGCUCUGGACCGUUAUGUGGCCAUCUGUUAUCCACUAAGACAUGGUGCCAUCUUCACCCACCAGCUGGUCACCCAAAUAGGGGCUAUGGUAACACUCAGGGCUGCCAUUCUGGUAGCCCCAUGCCUAGUACUGAUAAAGUGCCAGUUUCAAUUUUACCAUACAACCAUCAUCUCCCACUCCUACUGUGAGCAUAUGGCCAUCAUGAAACUGGCUGCAGAAAAUAUGCGGGUCAACAAAAUCUAUGGUUUGUUUGUGGCAUUCACUGUUGCAGGGUUCGACCUCACCUUCAUCACUUUGUCCUACAUACAUGCUUUUUAA